AAAACCAUCACCAUUCGCGUUCUCCUCCACACGCUCGAGAUCGCGAUCGCGAUCGAAAUCGAAAUCGAAAUCGAAAUCGUUCGAUCGAGAGAGGGAGAGAGAGAGAUCGAAAUGAAUGUAGAGGAAGAGGUAGGAAGACUCAAGGAAGAGAUCCAGCGAUUAGGGCAACUCCAAUCCGAUGGAUCUUACAAGGUAAAGUUCGGAGUCCUCUUCAACGACGACAGAUGCGCGAACAUAUUCGAAGCACUUGUCGGAACCCUGAGGGCCGCGAAGAAGCGAAAAGUUGUCGCAUACGACGGGGAGCUUCUGCUUCAGGGCGUCCACGACAACGUGGAGAUAACUCUCUUGCCGUCCGCGCUCGGAACUGCGUAAACUACCAUACUGUCUCCAAAUGUGAUUUGUGCAUGCGGAAAUAAAUGAAGUUUAUUAUGUGAGCCAUAGUGAGUAGGAAUAUGAAGCUGCCAAGCUUUUAUUGAAUCAUGAAUUCAAUGUGGUGUUUGUAUUAAUGUUUAUAGCAUAUAUAAGAUCAUGUAUUCAUGUGAGAGAGCAUUUAUAAGAUCUUGUCAGAUUAUUAUUAUUAUUAUUAUUAUUAUUAUUAUGUUUUGGCGGAAAA